ACAUGCUAUCUGUAUAUGGCUGCUUGUCUGCUGCACACUGGAGGAUCGUGCGGUCACACAUUGGACACUGCCCGCCAGCUGGCCGAGCUGAACCUGGACAACUGCAAGUCGCCAACCAUCGAUGGUCUGACAGACAAGUUCUCCAACCUGGAGGUGCUCAGUCUGAACAGCGCCGGUCUCACCUCGCUCAAGGGCUUUCCUGCACUGCCCAAGCUGAGGAAGCUGGAGGUGAGCGAUAACCGGAUCUCGGGCGGUUUGAACGCGCUGGCCGGCUGCACAGCGCUCAAGUCGCUCAACCUCAGCGGCAACCGCAUCAAGGACCUUGAGUCGCUCAAGCCGCUGGCUGACCUUGCCAACCUGAAGAAUCUCGACCUCUUCCACUGUGAGGUCACCAACCUGGAGAAGUACCGCGACGAGGUGUUCAAGAUGCUGCCGUCGCUGGUCGGUCUGGACGGAUUCGACAAGAACGAAGAGGAGGUUGAAGACUCGGACGAUGAGAUGAACGGCGUGGAUGAGGAGGAGGACGGCGACGAGGAGGCCGCCGACGGUGAGGAGGACGAAGACGAAGACGGCGUGGGAGGAGAGGAAGAAGAUGAGGACGAGGAAGAUGAUGAGGAAGAAGAUGAUGAAGAAGAGGUGGGACUGUCGGCCAUUUACAAAGACAACAUCGACGACGGUGACGAUGACGACUUUGACGAAGUGGCGGAAGAGGAGGAAGAAGAUGAUGAUGUCAUCGAGGAGGAGGAGGAGGCCGCCGCCGCUGCUGCUGGCGACUCGAACAGGGGCAAAAAGCGCAAACACGAGGAGGAAGAAGAGGCCUAGAGGCACCGCCAGCUCCGAUUCAUGAAUCACCCAUAUUUUCACGAGGCGCCGCCGGCGCCUGCGCGCGCACGCGCUCCAUCGUCGCACGAGCCUCGGGGAGGGGAGUGUCCGGGCGGGCCGGCGCUCGGCCGGGCCUGGCGCGUUCGGCGCGUUUGGUCAUUUUACAAUGUUGCGCUUGUUAUGGUUCACCGUGUACAUAGGUCUAGUGUGAAUAGCUGUGGUCGGCGCGGGGGACGCCGGGUUGUCGGCCGCCCCGUUUGUUUUUACUCGGCGCCGCGGCCGGACGCUCGGCGAGCGGGCGGCCGCGCGGCCGGCGAGAGGCCGGGCGAGCCGGGCGGCGCACGCGGCCCGUCCAAAUUCGUCAGGGCGCCAGUGGUGUCGCGUGAGUCUCGUGUUAUGAUGCCGUGAUCGCCGGACAGCUCGCCCUUCACAUCGCGUGGCCAUUCGUCAAUGUACAAUAAAUAUUUUGUAGUCCGGA